AUGACGCUGAAAGUAUACUGUAAUCGAAUGUCCCAACCGUCUCGUGCAAUUCUCAUCUUCUGCAAGAUGAAUGGGAUAGAUUUUGAAGAAAUCACCAUUAUCUUGAAGGGCGAGCAACACACCCCUGAAUACAAAGCGAUAAAUCCCAUGUGUCAAGUUCCAACAAUAGUUGACGGAGAUUUUACAUUGUUUGAGAGUCACGCGAUUCUUAUCUACUUAUCUAGUAAGUACCCAGGAGUGGCUAGUCGCUGGUAUCCGAGUGAUCUUGUUGAAAGAGCCAAGGUCCACUCCGUUUUAGACUGGCAUCAUGCCAAUUUACGCCAUGGGUCAGUUGGAGCUAUUGUAAACAAUGUCAUCUUACCGCAAAAUGGCCUCCCAUCAAACCCUCAAGCGGCCGAAGAAGAUGAGAAGACACUUGAGAAAGCGUUGACUAUAUUAGAAACCUUUUGGCUAAAAGAUGGACCGUUUUUGGUUGGAAGAUCUCAACCAUCAAUUGCUGAUCUCUACUUAGUAUCUGAAGUCAUGGAACUUGAGCUUCUGAGCGAGGAGCUUCAUGAUCGGAUCUUAAGUCCUUACAAGAAAGUUCUUCAAUGGGUUGAAGAUACAAAGAGUGCAACCGCACCUCAUUUUGAAGAAAUUCACGGGGUUUUGUUUAAAACGCGAAAAGAAUUUCGCAUGACAGCAAAAUCUGGGAAAACCGAGUGA